AGGAAUCGAUAUCGAAUAAUAAAAUUAGUCGGCCGUUCAAACAACUCUUUUGUUUGUAGAGUUAGACUUAAAACGUUGAUAUGGCAACAACCUUGUUUAUUUUGUUAUUUCACAUGUCAGCAAUGGCGGACAAUAACAAGAUCGACGAAGUUAACGAAGAAGAGAAAUCAGAAACGGAAGAAAUAAAAAAUGUGGUAGAUGAAGAGAGAAUCGAUGAAAGUGAGGAAGUUGAAAACAUAUUAAGUACAGGGGAAAGGAAUUUGUAUACAACAGACGAAGAAGAAGGUGGAGGAAACGAAGACACAGACGUGGAAGAAUGUGGAGGAGGCGUGGAAAUGCCGGAGCAAGAAGCGGUAGAUGUAACAGCAGAAGAAACAUUGGGGGGAGAUGCAGAGGAAGAAGAAAAACGUGAGGGAGAUGAAGAAGCGGAAGAAAAAUUGAUGGAAGAUGUGGGGGUAGAGGAAAAACGUGAGGGAGAUGAAGGAGCGGAAGAAAAAUUGAUGGAAGAUGUAGGGAUAGAGGAAAAACGUGAGGGAGAUGAAGAAGCGGAGGGAAAAUUGAUGGAAGAUGUAGGGAUAGAGGAAAAACGUGAGGGAGAUGUAGGAACAGAAGAAAAACCAGAGGGAGCUGUAGGGACAGGAGAACUGGCAGGAGAAUUAGGGACAGAAGAAAAACCGGAGGGAGCUGUAGGGACAGGAGAACUGGCAGGAGAUGUAGGGACAGAAGAAAAACCGGAGGGAGCUGUAGGGACAGGAGAACUGGCAGGAGAAUUAGGGACAGAAGAAAAACCGGAGGGAGCUGUAGGGACAGGAGAACUGGCAGGAGAUGUAGGGACAGAAGAAAAACCGGAGGGAGCUGUAGGGACAGGAGAACUGGCAGGAGAUGUAGGGACACAAGAAAAACUGGAGGGAGACGAUAAAAUUGAAGCCGAACAAACCGAGUUAUGGAGAGAAGAUAGCGACUUGAAACUAGCAAUUGAUGAAGAUAGCGUGGAACCUGGACCAAAACCAAUACCUCCAGGAAAACCAGGGGCUGGAGGAGACGAUCCAGAAGAUAAACCAGAAUAUAUGGAUGAAUCUGACCACCAGAAAAAGACUUUUCCUAAUUUAGCAUUGAACAUCAGUUGGUCGUUUGGUUACAACAAAAACAUACCUGUCCAGAAUCUCACGGAUGACAAUCGUUCCAUGGUUGUCUAUGCCAGUUCUCACAUUUCGGUGAUGUAUGAUUAUGUAAGCAACAAACAGUGGAUCUUACAGGGUCAUGCAAAUUCUAUCAUUUGUAUCUAUGUAAGUCAGAACAAGAAGUGGCUUGUAACUGCAGACAAAGGCAAGGAUAGUGCUGUUAUCAUAUGGGACACAUAUACCUACAUUCCUAUUCAAACACUGUUUGGUGCCAGUGCUGAUGGCAUGACAGCUAUAGCUCUCACACCCGACUCAAAAUACCUCGCCACGCUCUCAGCAAGUGAAUAUCAAGAAUUUUCCCUUUGGGACUGGACUGUAAAUGGAGAAAAACCUUUAAUCUCAGUAAAUCUGAAACCACUAUAUGGAGUACAGAACUACAUCUAUUUCAAUCCUGAAGAUUACAACCAAAUUGUCACCAACAGUGAGAGUCAUGUGAUAUUCUAUCAGUUGGUGGAGCGGAGUCUUGAGCUGAAGUGGUUUUGUCCAGGCUUAACAGACCAGGAUUUCAAUGUCCCCGUCGGGAAAUAUAGUCAGUCCAUAUUUCAAUACAUGAAAAAUCGUGCUCUGACAGCAACGUCUCUUGGCAAUCUUGUGAUUUGGGAGACACAGCCGUCGCAUGUUGAAGGUGAAAUAACCUAUGUUGCUAACAAAAAGCCGUUGAAAAUCAUCAAACUUGUAACAAGUGGUAUCAAUGUGUUAAGCGUUAUGUAUAACAACAUUGUCAUUGGGGAUAUGGAAGGCAGAGUGAGUUUCUUCAACCAAAAACUGAUGCUGAUGCAUCGGUACAGUAAUUUUGAUCUGGGACCUGUCAACUUUAUUUCUUUUUGUCCACUUAGUAAAGAUAUCCAACACCCUGAAAAAUACCCUCGCUCUUGUACUCUUGGUGGUGAACCUUUCAUAUCUCCAGACUUUAUAUUGUCUUCAACCAAUGCGUUAUGUGGUUUUGUCAAGGCAGAGGGGCCAACAAUCACGUUAAUUAUGAAGGACCAUGGAAGCAUAGUACCAGCAAUUGUUGCACACCCAUAUAGACCAUAUCUGCUGACCGGUUGUCAUGGUGGAUUUCUCCGACUGUGUGAUUACGAGAAGAAAACAGUGCUGUCUUCUCGUCAGUUUGAAGAUGCGAUGAUACAGUGCUGUGUUUACAGUCCCGAUGGCUUUUACGUUGGUGUUGGUUUUACAAAUGGAAUGAUAUACAUACUGGAUGCCUUGACUUUAACCAACCAAGACUCCGACAUUCAUCAUUAUUGCUCAGAUUGUAUCACACAUCUUGCCUUCUCUGCACACUCAAGAUAUCUUGCCAUUGCUGAUUCCGGCUAUGCAGUGUGUUUGCUACGAAAAGAAGGUGAUACAUUCCAAUACAUUGGUCGUUAUCGUUCUCACUACCAACCCAUCCGCGACCUAAUGUUCCGGGAGAUCUUUCAGUCGUCAGUUCCACUUCUCUUGUCGCUUGGAGAAGACAGGAGAUUAGUUGAAUAUAACAUUUUACCUGAUAACGCUGAGGGAGUGCAGCUCCUGUCUGUCGACCGUAUUGAACAGAGUGCCAUCCCCCUUUGCAUGACUUUUUACCCUUCUUUUACCAAGGAAUAUUUUAUAUUAACUGUCAACAAUGAGUACAAAUAUAAGCUGUAUAAUUCAUCAACGAAAAUGUGCCGACUGACAAUUCUUUCCCCUACAUAUGGAUCACCAUUAACCAAAGUCAUUGUUCUACCAAAAGGAGAAGCUGAUGCCAACUCUAGAUACAUGGCUUUCAUCACAACAGACAAAAUUGGUCUGCAAGUGCUACCGGUUGAUGGUAACAGACAUAAAUCCACAGCUUUCAUCGCACAUCCUGACGGUGUGGCUAACAUAGCUGCCAGUUAUGAUGGGAAAUAUUUGUUCACAACCAGCCGAAAGGAUGCCUCACUACACAUGUGGAACAUCAAUAUAAGUGCCUUGGAAGCCCAAGUGAAAUUGGGUGGAGAAGAUCUGAUACCAUUCUAUGAACUCAUAGAAGGUGGAAGAGAAGGUGAAGUCUUUCACGACCUUGAGAAAUAUUUCUACUACUCUCAGCUCAGAUGUUCCGGCAUUGAUUCAAUGGAAACCAGACCUGUGACAACAACCAUCACAAUUACAGAGAUACCAUUUGUGUUGAGGGCAAUGGGGUUUUAUCCAACUGAAGAGGAGUUGGCAAACAUAGACAACGAGGUGAAAUUUACUGAUUAUGUGGAAACUGAAACGUUUAAAGACAGCAUAAAUAUUGGUGAUUUUCUAAAAUUGUUAAUUAACCACCGGCCGUUGGUGCCACCCUCUACUGAACAGUUGAAGUGGGCCUUUGAUACUCUUGCCACAUGUGAUGACGAUGAGGGCAAUCCUUGUUUGUUGACUGAGGAAUUGUUAGACAUCUUGCAGGCUGAAGGAGAACACAUAAAGUCAGACGAACUGUGUGAGAUACUGGCGGGUCUAAGCUUGCCUUCAAAAACAGACUAUGAUGAUGACACAAAGACAGUUCCCAGACUCACUGAGGAAGAACUCACCGUGAAGAUCUGCAAGAAUUUACCAGAAUAUAUAUCAGCCCCUGAAUUUGCAUCAAAACUUCUUGGCUUACGAAAUCUUGAGUUUUCUGAAUAAACAGAAUAUUCACUUUUGAGAAUGAGUCUUAUGAAGA